CGGUUCAAGUACUUGUUGAUCCAAGUGGUCUUGCACUACUUUGCCGAAUUGUGCAACCUGACCCUUUCGGCCCCCAGCUUUGCUCCUUUGGUUGACCAAGGAAAAAAAAGCCGAGCCAGACUUGUUCCAGUCGGAUGCACUUUAGGCAACAUUGACCUACAUUACCUCGCCCAUCAUGCAGCAGUGGCAAGUCGGCCCCGUGCCGGACUACGUCUACUCCAACUCCCCCCACCCGUCCAACGACAUGCAUAACCAUCCUUACCCGGCCGAUAUGGCUCGUCGUAACGAGCGUAUGGAGUUUCCCUACGGCACUCAGCCUAACAUGGCGGCCCAGCAGCAACACCACCCAACUCCAGUCCAGCCGCCCAUGAACGUAUCGCAGCAGCCACCAAAUGGCCCUCCGUCCCAGCAGCAGACACCGACUCAGCCCGCGGCCCAGCCGCCCAGCGCCCGUUCACGGAAGCGGCCGGCCCAGAACGCUGCGCCCUCACCCGCCACGGCCGCCGCUCCACCUCCCGUUGCCCCGGUCCAGGGCCAGCCUCCUGCGCCAACGCCUCCCGCUCCUCAGGCCGCUCCUCCUUCGCAGCCUCAGCCGGCGACGAGUGAAGACGCAAACUCGGCCAACGCCGCCUCGGGCCCUCCUACCAAGAAGAGCAGGACCAACACGCCCUGGACUCCCCAGGAGGAGCUGCGGUUGAAGCAGAUGCGAGACGCCGGAAACAGCUGGGCUGAGAUUGCUAAGACCUUCCCAACACGGACAGAAGGAUCCGUGAAGAAGCACUGGUACAAGGAUAUGCACUAUGCCGAGUUUGCGGAGGAUGAAAGUCAGGCACUGUUGAAUGCUAUCAAAGAAUACGAGAACAACAAGUGGAAGGUCAUUGGCCAGAAGGUGGGAAAGCCAGCAAAGGCCUGUGAACAAUACGCGAAAGAGCAUUUCCCAGAUCUCUUUGGCAACCCCAAGGGGAGAUGAACUCGACGUGAUUGCUCGGCGGCGCCCCAGCCUGAUGACUGCUCCUGAUAGGACCUCUCGACGACUGUAAUCCAUCUAUCUAGAUGUCGUCUUGUCUUUUUAGGAUUCAGGCCUCGGGGCCGCUGUGGAGAGGAAUGGGACCAGCUGUCUUUGUUUACUUAUUUCGGUCUUUUUUUUUUUAUUGUCGCAAGGCUUCCAGUUUAAUAACUCCAGAUGCAGAUCUCUGAAAAAGCAAGGAACAGUAAGGAGUACGGCCAGGGUUUCCGCUACUUCGUUAAAUGGCAAAACUUGGCUUUUGUCAUUACUUACUCUUUUGUCUUUUUGUCCCCCCUCCCCACCUUAUUUAGUCUUCCGUUCUUCUCUUCUUUUUCUUUUGCCGGUCUUAGAGAGAGAGAUGCGUGUAUGUCGUUCUGCGUUUGCUGGGUGGGAAAUGAAUCACUGGACGGUCUUUGCUGGCGUUGGUGGCGGAUUGUAGUCCUCUUGGUCUUGCCUGUGCUCGUUUGAGGGGACACGAACCGUGGCCUGCCACCGUUUGACUAAUAUUUUUUUUUCUUAUUCUAUGUCUUGAUUUCCUUUUUCCUUUUUCUUCUCUCUACUUUCAACGAUACCUACGGGGGUGGUGGAGAGAAGAGGUUCAGCUGGUUGGGUUUUGUUGAGGACUUGCUGGGAGAGGCUGCGGAAUCAACGUUGAUGGGUUUCCUC